AUGACUUCUCAGGAAGAGGUUCAAGAGACAAAUCCCACUACUGGGAGUCUUGAAAUCAUCUCCGUUACAGAAGAUGAACCACCAGUACCACAAAUUCAGUUUACCUUCAAAAGAUUUUUCUUCAUACCACAAGCAAGAGUGGACCCGAGUGCAGAUGGAUCUGGAGAUAUCGAACCACCUUCAAUGUGCCAUGCUCUUGUCUCUCUAAAAUACUUCCCAUAUGUCUGUGGUUUAUUCCUUGCAGUAAUCCUAGCAGUUGCCAUUGGCCUGGGUGUCCAGUACAACUGCAUUGGGAAGUUUCGCUGUCGAUCAUCCUUUAAGUGUAUCCAGAAAUCAGCCAGGUGCAAUGGUGUCUUCAACUGUAAAGAAGGGGAGGAUGAGUACAGAUGUGUCAGGCUGAGUGGGAAGAAGGCAGUGCUGCAAGUGUUCACCUUUGGGUCCUGGAGAACUGUCUGCUCUGAUGACUGGAGGGCAGAGUAUGGGAACACAACCUGCAAACACCUGGGCUUCUCAAGUUUUGUGAGUUCAGGUUACCUGCCUGUGGCUGCAGUUGAAAAACAGUUCCAAAGACAUUUCGUGUCCCUCAGCCACUGGUUCUCAGCUGAUCAAGUGACAUCCCUGCACAAUGCCACCAACCUCAGGGAGGAAUGCACUUCUGGCAAUGUGAUCAUCUUGAAGUGUUUGGCCUGUGGGACUCGGGCCAGCUACGGGCCACGGAUUGUGGGGGGCAACGCCUCAUCACCCCGGCAGUGGCCCUGGCAGGUGAGCCUGCAGUUCCAGGGCCACCACCUGUGUGGGGGCUCGGUCAUCACCCCCCUCUGGAUCCUCACAGCUGCCCACUGUGUCUACGACCUGUACUUGCCGAGCUCAUGGAGUGUUCAGGUCGGUUUUGUGACUCAGCAGGACACCCAGGUUCACCCACAUUCCGUGGAAAAAAUAAUUUACCACCGGAAUUAUAAACCCAAGACGAUGGGGAAUGACAUAGCUCUGAUGAAACUGGCAGCACCUCUUGCUCUCAAUGGUCACAUUGAACCGAUCUGUCUGCCCAAUUUUGGUGAACAUUUCCCAGCAGGGAAAAUGUGUUGGGUAUCAGGAUGGGGAGCAACUGUGGAAGGAGGUGACACAUCGGACACCAUGAAUUAUGCAGGUGUUCCUCUGAUUUCCAAUGCAAUUUGCAAUCACAGGGAUGUCUAUGGUGGGAUCAUAACUUCUUCAAUGCUUUGUGCUGGUUUCCUAAAGGGAGGGGUGGACACCUGCCAGGGAGAUAGUGGGGGGCCUUUAGCCUGUGAAGAGAUGAGUAUCUGGAAGCUGGUGGGGACCACGAGCUUUGGAGUGGGCUGUGCAGAGAAGAACAAGCCAGGUGUCUACAGCAGAACCACCUCCUUCCUGGACUGGAUCCACGAGCAGAUGGAGAGAGAAGAACUGCAGACCUGA